GCUCUCUCCCGGCCUGUGUGGAGCUCGGCGGCUGCAGACGCGGCGGCGGCGGCGGCAAGGCAGGCGGCGUCGGCCCCGAGAGAGGCAACAUGAGCGGGUCACAGAAUGAUGACAAAAGGCAAUUCCUGCUGGAGCGCCUUCUGGAUGCAGUAAAGCAGUGCCAGAUUCGCUUUGGAGGGAGAAAGGAGAUCGCCUCGGAUUCUGACAGCAGGGUGACCUGUCUGUGUGCCCAGUUUGAAGCCGUCCUUCAGCAUGGCAUGAAGAGGAGCCGAGGAUUAGCGCUCACCGCAGCAGCCAUCAAGCAGGCGGCAGGCUUCGCCAGCAAAACCGAGACAGAGCCCGUGUUCUGGUUCUACGUGAAGGAGGUCCUCAACAAGCACGAGCUGCAACGCUUCUACUCGCUGCAUCACAUCACAGCAGAUGUGGGCCGAGGCCGCGCCUGGCUGCGCUGCGCCCUGAAUGAGCACUCUCUGGAGCGCUACCUGCACAUGUUGCUGGCUGACCGCGCCAGGCUCAGUACAUUCUAUGAAGACUGGUCUUUCGUGAUGGAUGAAGAAAGGUCCAGCAUGCUCCCUACCAUGGCAGCUGGCCUGAACUCCAUCCUCUUUGCCAUUAACAUUGACAACAAGGAUCUGAAUGGGCAGAGCAGAUUUGCGCCCACUGUCUCCGACCUCUUAAAGGAGUCCACGCAGAACGUGACAUCUUUGCUGAAGGAGUCCACGCAGGGCGUGAGCAGCCUUCUCAGGGAGAUCACUGCGUCCUCUGCUGUCUCUCUUCUCAUCAAGCCGGAGCAGGAGACUGACCCUCUGCCUGUCAUAUCUAAGAAUGUCAGUGUUGAUGUGAGAAAUAAAAGGGAGCGGAGGAGGAGGAAGAAGGUGACCAACAUUGUCUCUUUUGAUGAUGACGAGGAGGAGCAGGGCAUUGGAGAUACUUUAAAAAAGAUGCCUGGGACCGCAGAAAGCUCGGAGGAGAACUCUGACCGAUCCUCCAUCAAUAUCACAGCAGCCUUUGAGGGCCCCUUUGGGCCAAAUUCCAACGGGAGCCAGAGCAGCAGCUCAUGGAAAAUUGAUUCUGUGUCUUUGAAUGGGGAGCUGGGCUACCAGAAGCUUGAUGUGAAAAGCAUUGAUGAUGAUGUGGAUGAAAACGACGAGGAUGUGUACAGGAACCCACCAGGAAGGAAGCACACUGUCCACUCGGAGUCACCAGACAAGCCACCGGAUGGGAACACCUGCCUCCCCCAGGGACACAGCUGGGCCCCACUCCAGGUGUUGCACGGAGAUGCUGAUGCUGACACUGACGUCCUCUUUCCUGUCAGUGGAGUGGGCUCCUAUGUCGCAGCAGACGCCACUGUGGGAAGUCUGGAGAAUGGGACAGGACCAGAAGACCACGUCCUCUCAGAGCCUGGCCUUCGGUACAGUAUGGAAGCCAGCUCUCCAGGCCAAGGAAGUCCCCUGAGCAGCCUGUUACCUUCUGCCUCAGUGCCUGAGUCCAUGACAGUUCAAAUUAACCCUAGCUGUUGUUGGUCAUCUGAGGCUGGAGGAGACCUGUCAGGACUCCCCAGCUGUCCUUCUGAGGGAAGGCAUCCGUGGACCAAUGUUCGACCCUGGGUGUCUGAUGAGCUGCGCCAAGCCAUCGUGGCGAUGAUGAACAGAAAGGACGAACUGGAAGAAGAGAACGGGUCACUGCGCAAUCUCCUUGAUGGUGAGAUGGAGCACUCAGCCGCACUCAGGCAGGAGGUGGACGCCUUGAAAAGGAAGGUGACAGAGCAACAGGAACGCCAUACCACAAAGGUUCAGGCGCUGGCAAGAGAAAACGAGGUGCUCAAAGUCCAGCUGAAGAAAUAUGUAGGAGCUGUCCAGAUGCUGAAAAGAGAAGGUCAAACAGCAGAAGUUGUACCCAGUCUUUGGAACGUUGAUACAGAAGUUACGGUCCCUGAGCAGAAGCCUGGGGAAGUUGCUGAGGAACUAGCAAGCUCCUAUGAGAGGAAGCUCAUUGAGGUGGCCGAGAUGCAUGGGGAGCUGAUUGAGUUCAACGAGCGUCUACACCGGGCCCUGGUGGCCAAGGAAGCCCUGGUGUCCCAGAUGAGGCAGGAGCUGAUCGACCUCCGAGGCCCGGUGCCUGGAGAUCUGAGCCAAACAUCUGAAGACCAGAGUUUGUCAGAUUUUGAAAUAUCAAAUCGGGCGCUGAUCAAUGUCUGGAUCCCUUCUGUGUUCCUCCGAGGCAAAGCAGCCAACGCCUUCCAUGUGUAUCAGGUCUACAUUCGGAUAAAGGAUGAGGAGUGGAACGUGUACCGGAGGUACACAGAGUUCCGGGGGCUGCACCACCAGCUGCAGAGUGCCUUCCCGCAGGUCAGGGCCUACAACUUCCCACCCAAAAAGGCCAUCGGAAACAAGGAUGCCAAGUUUGUGGAAGAGCGACGGAAGCAACUCCAGAGCUACCUACGAAGUGUCAUGAACAAGGUCAUCCAGAUGGUGCCUGAGUUUGCUGCCAACCCGAAGAAGGAAACUCUGGUGCGGCUGGCACCUUUCUUUGUGGACGUCACCCCACCUGGAGAACCACCGAACAAGAACAGCAGGCCCAAAGUAGCUUCCCGCUUCCCUAAGCUAUCCCGAGGCCACCCCAGGGAGAUGCGCAAUGUGGAGCCUCAAAGCGGUGACCUCUGACCUCAGUGGAAUCUCAGCCCCCAGCCACUUUAUGCUCAACCUAUCCAUGGCAGCUGUCCCUGGACACCUUGGCAGGAUGACCAUGUUCCCACAGAGAACACACCCUCCCUGCUGCCACAUGCCAUCCGAUUAAAGUGGUCAGUUUUAGCUGCUGGGGCUCUGUCCUUAGAGCAAGGCAUUGCUCACUGGACAGACACAGAUAGGGACACUUUCACUAUCCCCAGGGUGGCCAGGGAUGGUUCUCACCUCCUCCAGUUCUGCCAGGCUGGGCCCAGAGCCCUGGUUGGGACGCA